AUGGCUUAUUUUAGUUCAUGUUCAAAGACUAGACAUUGUUAUUCGCCGAUGUUAAAGAACUUUUUAUUGGGAAUAAUUGUGGUUGUCAGCACUUUCCAAGUUUUAGUUUCAGCCCUAGACGACUCGACGGCAGCAAAGUCCUUAUCUUCCAAUCUUGAGGGACCUGGUGAUGAUGUCGGAGCGUUUGCAGUUUUGCCAGAUGUAAAUGAAGAUGGGCAAUCGAUUGAGGCUGAAAUUAAUCAAAUCGAUGACACAAACCUGUCUUUUGAGGAGCUGUAUGAGCAAGGGGUGCGGGCAUACGAUGAUCAUUUGUGGUACUCCUGCGCUAACAAAAUCGAACGGGCAGUCCAAGAUUACAAAGUUUUCAAACACACGCUUUCCAACUGCAGACUGGAGUGUAGUAAAGGAUUGAGAGAAUCUCAGCUAGCAAAUUUAACAUCACAAGUUCCAGAUUUCUCAACGUUUGGUAAGUUUUUGAGAGAUGCAGACUGUUACAGGAGGUGUACAGAGGAAUCUCUGGAUACUCACCCUCAGCUCACAGACAGAAUGGAAAGUGCCUUUGAGAAAAGGUUGCCGUAUCACUACUUGCAAUUCUGCUACUAUAAGCUGGACAGACUGAAGCUUGCGGCCUCCGCAGCCUACACAUAUUAUCUGGCCAACCCCCAAGAUGUGGACACCAAACAGAACAUUGUUUACUACAGGGACACAGCCAAGGUGUCCGAGACAGACUUUGUUGACUUGGAAUUGCAGCCUUACAAGGAGCAUUACAUCAGAGCUUUGCUGGCUUAUGAUGAACACCAGUGGGGAUCAGUCAUCUUUCAUUUUGAGGGUUGUUUGGAAGAGUAUUUUAAGGAACAUGAGCGGUGUCUGUCUGACUGUGAAGGCAAGGGUCAGUUGCAAGGACCGGAGUUUAGCACUGUUGUGGCAGAUGCGAUCGUGGACAUAAUGGCCUGCAAGCUGGAUUGUGAAAAGAAGCUGAGCACCAUUUAUACCGAACCAAUCAAGCUUUUGCUGCAGGAUAUUUACCACCACUUGCAGUUUGCUUAUUACAAAGAAGGUGAGUUGGAAAAAGCCGCAGAAGCAACUGCGUCAUUCCUGUUGCUAAACUCCACGCAUCAAGUCAUGCUAGACAAUAAAGCCAUCCUCAAGAAGGAACUUCACUAUACAGAUGAUGAUUUCAUCCCACAGAAAGAUGUCGCUGAAUAUGCUGCGCUGAGGGAAGAGAUGCAAGCGUUGAUGGACAUCAUCAAAAGGGAGUACAGGCUGCGUGAUCUGUUGCCUGAAGGCGAAGUGAUCAAUUUAUUGAGUCGAGCGGACCAGGAUUUGAAAGAAACAGACGAUUGGAUGUCUAGGUAUGAGAAGUUGGGUAUGCACAUCAUUUCUAAAUCGGUAGACCUGCACAGACACGAAAGGUUCGUCACGGAUGGCUUACUGAAGGAGGACCAAUGUGAGGAGCUGUUGGCUUUGACUGAGGAUUUACCAACUGAGCCCAUUGGUUCUAGAAAAUUUGAUUUGAAGGUUGCAAGGCAGAGGUUGGAGGAUGACCUGAAUGAAGACUACGAGGCUUCUCUGAGGCUGUUUGUCAGAGCUGCAGAAGUUGUCAGGCACUAUACCCAGAGAUACCUGCAGAUAUCGGUGUCCUUACAUUUGAAGUACACUUCUAUUGUAUGCUGGUCUCAACCACAGGAGCCUGCACUGAUAGAAAGCUGCCAUAUACAGGAAGAUGGGACCUGUGUCAGGUUUGAUGACAUGGCCGAUGAGCUAUAUUCUGACUCAUACACAACUGUCACCUAUCUGAACACAGCAGACGAGGAUGGAGAUUUUCAGUUUCUAAAUGAGAAGAACGAAGUAGAUAGUGCUUUUGGCAUCAAGUGCGGUAGAACUGUGGGCUUCAACUCGGGCGAUCGUCACACCAUAAAGGUGCCCAAGAGUGGAAAUCCCAGAUGUGCCAUGGUUAUCAGGUACACUACUGAUGUGAACAAUGAUGAGAAGGACUACCAUGACACUUUGACUUUGCUGCAGAGGAUUGAUGAGCUGAGACUUGCAAAUGAGGCUAAGAAUGCAAAAGAUAUCAUGAAACAGUUUGAAGAAGAAGGUGUUCGUGUGGUACAGACGGGUAAGGAGCUUCUGGGAACUGAACGAUUCGUGGCAGAUGGUCUGGCCUCUGAUGCCCAGUGUAGCACUCUCAGAAGCAUGGUUCAGAACGGAGCUCUGCUGGGUGACGGCUAUGACCACCUGGACUCCAAGCCUUCCUUCAUAUCUCCCCACACGGAGCAUGAGAUGUAUCAAGGGAUCACAAUCUAUAGAGCUGCCAAGCUGGCACAGCAGAACACGAUCUCACCAUUUGGGCUGCGGGCUUUCCUGGAGUUGAGCGAGAAGUCUCGACUUCUGGUGGAAAACUACUUCAACCUGACCAAACCACUUUACUUUGACUACACUCACCUGGUGUGUCGGACAGCAGUAGGCGAUAACAGCGACAGGCAGGACUUGAGUCAUCCUGUGCACGCAGACAACUGUUUGCUGCAGUCCGAUGGUUCCUGUACCAAAGGCUACCCAGCAUUUACCCAGAGAGACUACAGUGCAAUCCUUUAUCUCAAUGAUGACUUUGAUGGAGGGGAAUUCUUCUUUGCACAUUCCAAUAAAACAGAACAGGUUGCAGUGAAGCCCCAGUGCGGACGUUUGGUUGGCUUCAACGCUGGAGACUUCCACGGUGUGCGGGCAGUCACUCGAGGACAGAGAUGUGCCCUAGCCCUGUGGUUCACCCACAACCCCAACUUCAAGGAGCUGGCACAUAUUCAGGCUCGGAAAACUCUGAAACAGUUGGAGCUGGAGCCGGAGGUGCAACAUCAUGAAGAUCUGUGA